AUGAGAAUUCUUGAGCAAUGCAGAAUUCCUCUCCCUCCCAACUCAGAGCCAACUAUCUCUCUUCUCCCCCUAACCUUCUUUGACCUUCCUUGGCUUUUCUUCUCUCCAAGCCAGCCCUUAUUUUUCUAUGAGUUUCCUCACCCAACCUCUGAUUUCCAUGCCACAAUAGUCCCAAAACUAAAGCAAUCUCUCUCUGUCACACUCCAACAUUACUAUCCUUUUGCUGGUAAAUUUUCUCCCUCUUCUGAUCUCACCAAACCCCACCUCAUUUGCACUGAUAACAUCUCAGUUGCAUUCACAGUCACUGAAUCAAAUGGAGACUUUAAUCACUUUUGUGACAAUCACCCUAGAGAUGUCAAAGACUUCCACUUUCUUGUACCCAAAUUGGGCUCAAGCUUUUCACAUGCAGGCAAAGAAGAGUUUCCUUUGAUUGCUAUUCAACUAACACUAUUCCCAAAUGUUGGUAUUUGCAUUGGCCUUGCUUUUCACCAUGUUGUUGCAGAUGGGAGGACCUUCCACAAUUUCCUCAACACAUGGGCCACGUAUUGUCGCGGCUUUGCAGCUUCAGCAUUUUCACUGAAGCCACUCCCAUCUUAUGAUCGAAGUGUGAUUGUCGAUGCAAAGGGUCUUGAAGAGGUUUUCAUGAAAGAAUGGAGAAAAAGAAGACUAGUGCAGGACAUUGCCAUAGGUAGACAACCCAGAUCCGUAGAUCUCUCAGGUAUGGUUAGAGCCACAUUCUUGAUGAGUGCCACUGAAAUGGAGAAAAUUAAGCGCUUCAUUAUCAAUUUUUGCAAAGAAAAGAAUCAGCCUCAACCUGUUCAUUUAUCACCUUAUGUUUUGAGCUGUGCAUUUAUAUGGGUUUGUUUGCUCAAAAUUCAACAAUUUGUGAAUGAGAAAGUGAACAAGAAUAACCUUGAAGACCCCACAUACUUUGGCUUCAUAGCUGGUGGCAUAACUAGAUUAGACUAUCCAGUGCCAAAGACAUAUUUGGGUAAUUGUGUUGGCUUUGGAAGGGCAUCAGUGAGAAGAAAAGAGUUACUUGGAGAAGAUGGGAUUGUUGUUGCAGCAAGAGCAAUUGGAAGCACAGUUAAGAAGCUUGAUGCAUCACUUAUUGCUGGGGCUGAAAAAUGGAUUUUGGAUUGGGAGGAGUUGUAUGAGUCAGAGCAGCAUGUGCAUGCUACCUGGUCUCCAAAACUGAAGCUUUAUGAAUUAGAUUUUGGAUGGGGAAGGCCCAAGAAAAUAGAGGAGAUUGCAAUUGAUUAUACAAGAGCUUUUUCACUUGUACAGAGCAGAGGUCUUGAGGGUGGAUUCGAGAUAGGUUUGGCUUUAACUAAGCGCAAGAUGGAUACUUUCUCCAUGUUCUUCACUGAAGGACUUAGUGCCCUUCCAUGA